GCGCGACGCGGGGUGGCGGCCGCGCUCCCCCGUCCCCGCGGCCCCGGCCCCGGUGCGGGCAGCGCUGCGGGCAGGGCCGGGCCGGGCCGGGCCGCCCGGGGCCGCCGCGGGCGCGGCCAUGUGGGCGCUGCGGGCGCUGUGCCUGGCCGGGCUGGGGGCGGCCAUCGGCGGCGGAGCGGCGGACCAGUGCAGCUGGAGGGGCAGCGGGCUGUCACAGGAGGCUGGCAGCGUGGAGCAGCUGUCCCUGCACUGUGCCGAGGGCUCGCUGGAGUGGCUGUACCCCACGGGGGCUCUCCGCCUCCGCCUGGCCCCCCGCCUGCCCCCCACCAGCGCCGCCGUCAAGGGCAGGAGCCCCCCGCACGUCACCGCCUGCAUCAAACCCACCGGCACCUUCCGGGGGGCUCAGCUCUACCUGGAGAGGGAGGGGGGGCUGGAGCUGCUGCUGCCGGAGGCCCCCCGGCCCCACGCCCGCUGCUUCAGCUGGCUGCCCCAGGAGAAGGUGGCUCUGUUCCUGCAGGCCACCCCGCAGCCCGACAUCAGCCGCCGCAUCGCCGCCUUCCGCUACGAGCUGCGGGGGGACUGGCUGGCCCGGCCCGCGCUGCCCACCGCCAGCCUCGGCGCCGAAGGUGCGUGCCGGCCGUGCAAUGACACCGAGAUCCUGAUGGCCAUUUGCACUAGUGACUUUGUCAUCCGCGGCAGCAUCCGGAGCGUCUCCAACGACGCAGAGCUGCAGGAAUCCAUCAUCGGGGUGAGCGCCACCCGCAUCCACCGGCAGAAAUUCCCACUCUUCCAGGCGGGCGGGCGGCCGGGGCGGCCGGUGGGCAGCAUCCGCACCCCGCUGCGCUGCGGGGUCAAGCCAGGACCCGGCACCUUCCUGUUCACGGGCUGGCUGCACUUCGGGGAGGCCUGGCUGAGCUGCGCUCCCCGCUACCGGGACUUCCAGCGCAUCUACGAGGGGGCCCGGCGCACACGCCAGAACCCCUGCGAGUUCCCCGUGGACUGAGCGGCUCCGGGAGCGCAGCCCGGCCCCGCCGGGGCACCACGCUCCUGCCGCCACCGGCAGCACCCCCGGGGACACGGGAACGGGGCCCGGAGGGAGCGUGGCACACGGGCCACGGGUGUGGCAGCACCCGCCGGCGGGCUGGGGGGGUUCUGGGAAAAUCCUGCUGGAAGGGAAGGGAUUUUCCCAGGGCGUGCGUGCCCAGGGUGCCCAGGGAGCCGCCUGGGUGAGGGGUGCAGCAGCGUGGGGUCGGGGCUCCCAGGGGACCGGGGUGCUGCAUGCUCAGGGGGUGCUGUGGGCACAGUGGGUCUGGCACCGGGGGGCAGCCGCACCCCCGGACCCGGCAGGGCUCGGGGGCGGGUGGCCGUGGUGGCCGGUCCGGGGACACGGUAGGCACAGAAGGGAGUGGAAGGGCCAGGAGAUGGAUCUGUAAGGUUGGGGGUGGAAGGGGGAGCAGGCAGCGGUGAGCCUGGCCCUGGCACGGGCAGGAGCUGCGGGGCGGAUGCCGAGGAAGAGGAGAGAAGCUGAAGGGAGCGAGGGGAGCGGUGAGGUGGGAGGAAGGCUGGCGCGGGGGGCAGAGGUGGCCUUGGCACGGUCAGGGCAGGACCAAAGCGCCGAGCAGGGAGGUGCCAUGGGAGCAGGGAGGGGUGACCGUGCCACCCAGCCCUCGGGUGAGCGGGGCAGGCCGUGCCAGCCGCGGGGAAUCUUUGACCGUGGGGGUGGGGGGGCAUCGUAUGUGCACUAAAGUUAUAACGAUACCAAAUUUGUGACUUCUUUUUUAUAAACUGAGCUGUAUUUGUAGCGUGUGCCUCCUGUUUUUAGCAAGCCGAGCAGCACGGUCACCGACAGGCACUGCUCCCCCCUGUGCCAGCUCCAGCUGUGACCCUGCCUCCCGCGGGGCUGGAAACAGCCCUGAUCCUUGGACAUCUCUCUCUGUGGAGAGAUUUAUUGCCGUUUGCACGUUCUGCACCCCAGUGCUCCCCAGCAUGGCUCACUGUGGGGUCCCUUUCCCUGGGGAUCCCCGGGUGUGGGGACCAGGGCCGGGUGGCCCCGUGCUGGGUGGGUGACCCUGCUGCUGCAGCCGCUGUCAGGACUGAUUCUCGUCAGAGCCACCGGCCACAAGGCCUCAUUGUGCCCGACUGUGCCGCGCCAGCAUCCCAGCCCUGCCCGCCGCUGCCCCUCCGGCCCCAGCAGCGGCCCUGCUCCCCUGGGAAUGCCGAGGGGACGGGACUGGGACAGGGAGGGGACGUGGGAAUCCUGCGUGGGGACGGGGAACAGAACCCUCGGUCAGGGGAGGGACACGGGAGCCCCAGGCAGGGAUGGGACAUGGGGCACCCAUGGGACAAUGGGGCUCAGCACCCCCAGCCGGGGACCUUCCCUCCCCACCAGUGAGGCCACAGGGCUCAGCACAGGAAAUCUCAGCCCCUGAGCCCCCCAAACCCCUCGAGCCCCCCAAACCACUCAAGCAAAGCUCCUGCCACAUGUCUGCUUGUACUCAACACCUUUCCCAUUUUGUUUCAAUGACACCUUUUCAAAUAGCACCAGCCAGGAUGAGCUGCUGCUGAGUGUUCGGUGCCUCUGCUGACCACAAUGUGCUUUUCCUUGCCAAAAAAAAAGUUUCCAAAGAAUGCCGUGGGCUUUGGAGCAUAAUUAAAUAUAAAU